AACAUAACCUACUUAUUAAUUGUCAAAAUUGCCAAAUAUGAGUAAACUAAUUUUUAUUUUUUUUAAACGAUAUAACUCGGUUGUUGAAAUAGAAUAAAAAUAAACAAAUGUAUUGUGUAUUAUGUGUUAUUAAAUAGAGUUUGCGAUACUCAUAUAUGUACAUAGUGGUGCAACAUAAUCGUAAUUUUGAAAUGGGUAAUCAACUUGUUGGUAUUGCCCCUUCGCAGAUUUAUCCUGUGGAGCACUAUUUAACGGAAUUAACAGAUUUAAAAUUUGAUAUCAGUAUGGGAAGUACAAGAUUUUUAAAAGUGGCACGUGCAGAAUCACAGGAAGGUCUUAUUGUUGUUAAAGUAUUUGCUAUACAUGAUCCUUCACUUCCUCUCCAGCCGUAUAAAGACAGAUUAGAAGAUAUUCGAAUAAAACUGAGUUCUGCUGUGAACUGUUUACCAUUUCAAAAAAUAAUUGUUAAUGAUAGGGCAGGUUUAAUAAUUAGGGAAUAUGUUAAAUAUAGUUUAUAUGAUAGGAUAAGUACUAGACCGUUUUUAACUACUAUUGAGAAGAAAUGGAUUACAUUUCAAGUUCUCUAUGCUUUGCACCAGUGUCACAAAGUUGGAGUUUGUCAUGGAGAUAUCAAAUUAGAAAAUAUAACUAUUACUUCUUGGAAUUGGAUAUUGUUGGUGGAUUUUGCAUCAUUUAAACCAACAUUUUUACCUGAAGAUAAUCCUGCAGAUUAUUCUUAUUUCUUUGACACUUCUCGUAGACGUACUUGUUACAUUGCUCCAGAGAGAUUUAUGAAAACUUUGAAUUCUGACAGUUUAUCUAUAUUGACUGAAACUUUCUGUAAACCUGGUGAUCUCAAACCUGCUAUGGAUAUAUUUUCGGCAGGAUGUGCCCUUUUGGAGUUGUGGAACGAGGGUAGUCCAGUUUUUGACCUAUCACAGUUGUUAGCGUACCGAUCAGGUGACUAUUCACCUCAAAGGCACUUGGAUAAAAUCGAGGAUCCUACUUUAAGGUUGUUGUUGUCAAGUAUGAUGCAAAGGGAUCCCAAUCAACGUCUUUCUGCCGAAUUGUAUCUUUCUCAAGAGCGUGGAAGGCUUUUUCCUGAAUAUUUUUAUACGUUUCUUCAGCCGUAUAUGCAAAUUUUCUCGUCUACUCCUAUUCUUUCUUCUGAUGAAAAAAUUUCUCGACUCAAAAAAGACAUAAAAAACAUUUUUAAUUUCUUAAAAACCGGCAAAAACAAAGAGGAAGGGGAAACAGCACAAGAAAACGAAAAAGAGGACGUAUCUAGAUUAAAUUGUAUAGAUGACAACGGACUUGUAAUAAUUACGUCUUUAGUAACUUCUUGCAUAAGAGGACUUCAUGACUGCACUACCAAAUCUGAGUCGCUAGAAAUACUUCUCUUUUUAGCAGCACACGCGAAUGAAGAAGCUAUUUUGGAUAGAAUUUUACCGUAUAUUCUAUUUUUGAGCAGAGACCCAAAUCCGAGGGUCAAAGUAGCAGCAAUAAACACGGUCACCCAGUGUCUUACUCUUAUCAAACGGGUUCCGCGUUCAGACGCAAACAUUUUUCCGGAAUACGUUCUUCCCGAAUUGUCUCCCUUGGCUACAGAUCCUAAUACGAGUGUUCGGGCCGCCUACGCUAAAAAUAUUGCUACCUUGGCGGAAAUUGCGUUAAAAUUCUUAGAACAGACGCAAACGGACUGGUGCGAUACCAGGGAAAAUGCAGGAAAGCAACAGUAUAGCGGAGUACCGCGGAUUAAUUACGAGGUAGAAUUGCAGACCCUUCACGAAAUGGUACAACAGUCUGUAAGCACUCUCUUAACCGAUACACAGUCUAUCGUUAAACAAACACUAAUGCAAAACAGUAUAACGAAAUUAUGCGUUUUUUUCGGAAGACAAAAAGCUAACGACGUUCUACUUUCUCACAUUAUUACAUUUUUAAAUGAUAAAGAAGAUAAAGAAUUGAGAGGAGCCUUUUUUGAUUGUAUAGUCGGAGUCGCCGCGUAUAUUGGCUGGCAUUGCUCCACAAUUUUGACACCACUUUUAUUACAAGGAUUAACCGAUUGUUCAGAAUUCGUCACUACAAAAAGUAUAAAUGCCAUGUCUUUUCUCACGGAACUCGGUCUGAUAACAAAACCAUCCUUGUGUGAACUGGUCUCCGAAUGUUCUUCAUUCUUAGUACAUCCUGGUUUGUGGAUUAGGCUUGCAGUUGUAGGAUUUGUAUGUACAGUAGCUAAGAAUUUGUCCAUUUUAGAUGUUCAGUGCAAAGUAAUGCCUAUUUUGAGUAUGUAUAUGAAAUAUCCAUUAAUUCAGAUUGAAAGACCCGAGUUAGUAUUGGAGUCGCUAGUUGGUCCAAUCCCCAGAAGCGUCUUUGACAAUGUUAUAAAAUAUUCGGAUAUAGAUUUGUUAUUUGAAACAUUAAAAGAAAGACAGAAUGCCAGAUUUUUAGUUAACAGUGGACGUGUUCCAUCCUACACUGAUAUGAAUUCGUCUCUUAAAAGUUUGUUUAGGAGACUGGUAGCAGAUGGGAUGACGGAUUCGAUUGAAGACUAUUUGCUAAUGAUGAGCAGUCAUCUGCGAAAAAUUCACAAACACAAAACUAACGCAGAUGCUAAACAUAACAAACAAAUGGAAGGAAGGAUCGAGAUUAAUAGUAAUACUUCAAACGUAUGCGUUAAUGUUUUUAAUUUGGCCGAAAAUAGGAGCAAGUUGGAUUAUUCACAAAAAAGAAUUCAACAGGUUCAAACAAAUACCAACGCAGACUGGAGCAUGUUUACAAUAUCCAACUCUGACCAAAGCAAUUCUGGAGGUUCCCUCUCUAAAUUUAAUUUGGGAAGUAGAUCUUCCUCGCCCCUUCCGGAAAGUCAACAUCAGUUUUCAGGAAGUAAUACUGGAAACAUUAGUUUACAUGAAAAAUCCUACAUACAGUAUAGAACACCAAAUUGUAGCACAGAGUUAAGAAAUUUGCUAACUAGACAACAAAUGCAUUUUUUAAAAGCAGUUAGGAGUAAAGAAUGGAAUGAACAGGCUGCAUGGCAACCUCAACUGCCACCUCCAGGCUGGCGUUUACGUGGUUCUUUGGUGGCCCACCUUCACGAACAUCGGGGUUCAAUAACUUCUCUGGUUUCUUUUCCGUCAUCUCCGUUGUUCGCUAGCGCUUCUGUGGAUAGUUACGUACGUAUAUGGGAUUGUGCAAAAAUGGAGGGCAAAAACAUAGCCAAUCGAUCCAAACAAAGUUAUAGAACAACGGGAAGUGUCGCAGCAAUGACAAUAUGUGAAAACGGACAGUCUUUAGCUGCUGCUACUCACGACGGUUCCGUGAUGGUCGUAAGGGUCGAUGCCAAUAGCAAAAUGUCUCUAGUACAGUCUCGUCAAGUAGACCGAGACGAAGACGGUUGCGCUGUGGACGUUCAGUGCUUUGAUUCGGGUCCCCAAAAUCUCCUGGUUUAUGCGACUCUUUAUGGAUCGAUUGUAGGAUGGGAUUUACGGGCUCCUGGAACUGCAUGGCGUUUAGAAAACGGUCUUAAGAAUGGCGUAAUAACUAGUUUUUGCCUUGAUUACUAUCAUAACUGGUUGACGCUGGGUACCAGCAGCGGUUACCAUAUCGCUUGGGAUAUGAGAUUUCAACUGCCUAUCACGUCAAUAGAACAUCCGUCAGGUGCUCGAAUUAGGAAAGUCAUCAGCCAUCCUACAGAACAUUCCUGGAUAAUUUCUAGCGUUCAAGGAAAUAACGAGAUCUCCAUGUGGAAUUUAGAAACAGGUUUUAGACAAUGCGUGCUUUGGGGAAGCAGUUCUCCGCCGUUAUCGAAAACCCACAUGAUCAACCACAGUGUGUGUGCUAUGUUGUCUGGAUGUAUAGAUCGGUCGGGCUUUUUAUUGGCUGGAGGAACGGAUCAACGUGUACGCUUUUGGAAUUUGCAUAGUCCUACAGAAUCGUGUUUAGUCAUUCCAUCUCCGAACGAUAACAUAUCAGGAACGCCACUAACUUACAAGCAUAGACUGAUAGAUGGGACAAGUGUUAUACAAGAAGUCGUGGGACAAUGUUUGGGACGCGGUACAGGCAGUAAGAGCGACGAGGUACCAAGAGCUGGACCAGAGCCUCCGCCUCCAGGACAUAGAGACUGUAUCUCUGAUAUUGCUCUCUGUAAAGCAUCGCAGUGCUUUUUACUAACUGCAUCUAGAGAUGGAGUUAUAAAAAUAUGGAAGUAAACUGUUCCUUUUUUUAUUGUUUUCCUUUUUAAAUAUUUCAGUGUUAAUUUUUAAAAUUUAUCAUAUUAUGUAAGAAUGUAAGAAAUAGUUUUUAGAAAUACAAAAUUGUUGAUUUAGAAGUA